CGGAAGUUAUCUACCUCCCCCUUUACACAAACGAGAGCUUUUAUUUCUGGUGAGGACUUCACAUGAAAGCAAGGCUUAAGCAACCAUAUCUGGAGCAACCUGCGAGCUGCGUGUGUGUAUUCGCAGAGGCUGACUGGAGGAGACUGGACUUCUGGGGGAGUUUCAUGCUGAUGUGCACGAUCCCUGCUCAUACAGACCAGCGACCCCAGCAGCAGAGAGCGAGGUAAAGAGCGAGAGCCUCUCCGUCGGUACGGAGAGAAGGCCUUGCGUGCAGAGAGCACGGACCUGCCUUGACGACAGGAAGCAGAAACAAACACACACAAGAAGAAUUCCGAAAAAAAAAAAAAUUCAUGACUUCCAAAAAGUCCUGAAAAAACAAUCACUGCAAAGCUGGUUGGUAGGCAGGGCCAAAGGAACCAUGAGGACUGCGCGUAUGGAUUGGCUCCCUCUCCUGGCCUCUGCCCUCUUAUUGGGUGGUUUUAUCCAAACGGCCUCGGCGGACGACGAUGUCACUCCACGCCUGAGCUUCUCGUACGAUGCUAAGGAGAGGUCGGCUAAAAGAUUCUCAGCUGAAGGGGUGUUGAAUUACACCUCCCUUCUCCUCAGUAAGCAGGAUAACAGGCUGUAUGUGGGAGCCAGAGAGGCACUCUUCGCCCUGGACCUCUCUGAUAUCAGCAGGGAGAAGCUGCAGAGGAAUCUGACAUGGAGCACUCCAGAGGGGAAGAGAGGACAGUGUGGCUUCAAAGGAAAAGACCUGCAGACUGACUGCUUCAAUUACAUCAAGAUCUUGCUGCGCCUGAACAGCACCCACCUGUAUGUGUGCGGGACCUACGCCUUCAGUCCCAUUUGCACGUACAUUAACACCUCCGACUUCUCCCUGGCAAGGACGGCUGCGGGGGAGAUCCUGGCGGAGGAUGGGCGCAGUCGCUGCCCCUUCGACCCCGAGUACAAAUCCACCGCCAUCAUGGUCGAUGGCGAGCUGUACGCCGGCACUGUCAGCAACUUCCAAGGGAAUGAGCCAAUCAUCUACAAGAGCCUGGGCGCUGGACCCGCCCUGAAAACGGAAAACUCGCUCAAUUGGCUUCAAGACCCGGCCUUUGUGGGAUCUGCUUACCUCCAGGAGAGCCUGCCCAAGGGCAGCCCGGUUGGAGAUGAUGAUAAGAUUUACUUUUUCUUCAGCGAGGCAGGGAAAGAGUUUGAUUUCUUCGACAACACCAUUGUGUCACGCAUCGCUCGGGUGUGUAAGGGUGACUUGGGAGGGGAGAGAGUGCUGCAGAAGAAAUGGACAACUUUCCUGAAGGCCCAGCUCCUGUGCUCGCUGCCAGACGACGGCUUCCCAUUCAACAUCAUUCAGGAUGUGUUUGUUCUGACACCCAGCCAGGAGGACUGGAAGAGCACUGUGUUUUAUGGAGUCUUCACAUCUCAGUGGUAUAGAGGUGCGUCGGGCAGCUCAGCGGUAUGUGCCUUUACCAUGGAUCAGGUAGAGAGAGCCUUCAAUGGGCGAUAUCGUGAGGUCAACCGAGAAACACAGCAGUGGUACACCUACAACCACCCCGUCCCCGAGCCACGGCCUGGAGCGUGCAUCACCGACGCUGCCAGGGACAUGGGCAUCUCCUCCUCCCUGCACAUGCCCGACAAGGUGCUGAACUUCGUGAAGGACCACUUCCUGAUGGACGGGGUGAUCCGCAGCCGGCCUCUGCUGCUGAAACGCAGUGUGAGGUACAUGCAGAUCGCCGUGCACCGGGUGCGGGCCCUCAGCAAGGCCUACGACGUCCUGUUCAUGGGCACAGACGACGGGAAGCUGCACAAGGCCAUCAACGCCAACGACAAGAUGCACAUCAUCGAGGAGAUCACGCUCUUUCCCCAGCCACAGCCCAUUCAGCACAUCGAGCUGGAUUCGGAGAAGGGCCUGCUGUACGUGUCCUCUUACUCUGGCCUGGUUGAGGUCCCAGUGGCCAACUGUAGUAACUACGCUAGCUGCGGAGAGUGUGUCCUCUCCAGGGAUCCAUACUGCGCCUGGACAGGGCGGCGGUGUCAGGACGUCAGGGGAGCCCUGCCCGGGAGCCACUGGAAGCAGGAUGUGGAGGAGGCGAGCACAAUUUCCAUCUGCAACAGGACACUGUUCAGUUCCCGUUCCACCAAGUCUACACCUGCGCGGACAUCUGCCUGCCAGGUGAUCAUCGUACCAGCCAACACCUUCAAAGUGCUGACCUGCCCGCUCCGCUCGAACCUGGCGGAGAGGAAGUGGGAGUACAGCGAGAGUGCUAGCCAGUCUCUGUUCGCCAGCCCGGAGGGGGGCCUGGUGGUGGUGGCACAUGCCGACAGGGAGGAGACUUUCGAGUGCUGGUCUGUGGAGGAGGGCUUCCGGCAGCUUCUGGCGAAUUACUGCGUGAGGGCCGAGGUCCAAUCAGAGAGCACCACGCUGACCGGUCGGUCGCGGACCCCCCGGAUCCACCACGACGAAUCCAUCGUCCUGCCCGGUGAGACUCGGUCCCCGCAGGUCAACACCAAGACAUACUGGAACGAGCUGAUCGUAGUGUGUGCCCUGCUGGCCUUCUCCCUGGUGGUCUUCUCCCUCUUUGUGGUGUACCGGAACCGGGACCGCAUGAAGUCCAUGCUCAAGGAGGGCGAGUGCCCCAACAUGCAGCAGAAAAAGCCCCGAGUGCCGGGCAAGCCGGCGGAGAGUCUGCCCCUCAACGGCAACACCCUCCCUCCCUCCACCUCCGACCACAAGGGCUACCAGACCCUCAACGACAACUACAUCUGCAGCACCCCCACCCACGACUCCUCACCCGACAACAGCAAGAGCUUCUCGGAGUCAGAGAGACGGCCGCUCAACCUAAAGGAGAGCCGCGUGGAGAUCUCGCCCACCUGCCCCAGGCCCAGGGUUCGACUGGGCUCCGAAAUCAAGGACUCCAUUGUGUGAGGAGUGCUUUCGGGCAACUGUGAAGUGUCAGUCGAACAGGGUGACUGCUGGGAAAUGGAGUUCCCUAAAUUUAAAAAAAAAAACAAAACAAAACAAUGAUAAACAGAGGGAACCCCAAAAGCCUAGGCCGUGUCAUGGAAGGAUGUUUGAUUUUUGUUACCCUUCCUCCCCCUUUUAUUUCAACUCGGUCGUGUGAUACAGGAUCACUUCCUGUUUUGAAUCCGAAACCACACCCUUUUCUGUCAGGCUGUAUAAGCACAGUGGGGACAGAGGGAGAUGCCCCUCCGUCUGAAACCCAAUACCCUUGUGCUACGAUGCUGAUGGGGAAAAGUGGCUGUGCAGGGCAGCUGAUAAGCAAAACUUCCAACCAUGGCAACUCAUGACAUGUUUCUGGUUCCCCUGGCCACGCAACGUGGUCUGUCCCAGUCAUCCAUGCAAAAAAAAAAGUGAGCGUCAUGCUCUCCAUAUUCAGAGUGACACAGUGUCACUGCCACCACAUGUUCACCUCUCAUUUUCGCAUCCAAGACUGGGCUGAUCUGAGAACAGUUUGUGUACAGAACAGACUCUGACCCGAGGCAGGCAACCAAUGAAUUACAAAGAGUGAUGGGCUCCGGGUGAGGAGCCACCUGGUGGUCUCUUCCCCAAAACAGCAGGAGUGAUUUUGUGCCACAGAAAACAAGUCUGAUGGAGUAGCGGUGACAUCUGGACAUGCCCUUUUUUUUGGGGAAAAAAGCGAGUGAUAGAAAAGGGCUGUUAAAGACACCGUAUUUCAGAUGGAGGUGCCUACGCCUUAUUUAAGAGCAGAAGACAUGGAACAUGAAUGAUGUCACAUACAGCAGGAACCAAGCAGACCAGGUCUGUGCAUGCUUGCACAGCCCCGAGUGGAGCUCUGCCUGGGAGCAACGGCCAGACCAUUGGACUACAGGCGAAGCAUGCAAAAACACACCAUGAGAAAAGCCGACAAGAACAACGCGCUUGGUCCAGUUAGCGCAUGAUAUCAGGCACAGAGGCUGUGGAAACGAGGCCAUUCACAUGAGUUUAACCACACAUUCUUCAGUAUUAUACUGCUAGGCAUUAAACACAGAACAGACCAGUAAAAUGUACUGACCCUUUGGAGAUUGUCUUGGCUUGCUGUUGUACAUGGGUUUUUUUUUUUUUUUUACAAAGGGGAAGAGAGCAGGCAGGAUAGGGGCCAAGAUGCCUUUAUUGACUGUGUUAUUGAUCUGGAGAACACAGUCCAGUCAGGGCUGUAGGUGGACUUAUCCUCGGCUCUGCUUUGUGAAGAUCUCUGCACACCAAACAGAGGCAUAGCAAAUAGCAAAAACAUAGCCAACAGUGGAGAUGAGAUUCUGCCGCGUUCCUGACACAACCGAAGCAGACGCACGCUGUGCCAAAAAAGCUAAGAACUAGGUUGUCUUUUUUUCAGUUAAUUUUGUUUUGUGGUUCUGAUAUUUCUUGCCUGGUAGAUUUGCUUUUCUCUCAUGUAAAGCCUCAUACUGCUUUCUCACAAGCCAAAACCAAGCUGAUAUCUAAUAAAGACUAAGGAAAAACAAUCAGAACAAAUAUUUUUGAAAAAAAAAACAAAAAAAAACAAAUGAUAAUUCCGGUUUACAAAGUAUACACUCCAAGAAUGUGAAAGCUCCUGCAUGACUCUUUGCCUCUGGAGCUGUGAGACACAGGAGCGGCACGACUCUUAACGCAGGCCGCAGAUCAUUGAGUCCAGGUGGGCACCUCGCUGGAGGGAACGUGCAAACCAGAAUCUGGACCGCCCUAUGGGACACCUGAGCCAUCAGGACCAUGACAAAAGAAGGUGGGCAUGGGUGCAUGUCGAAAAGAUUUACGGAUCAAAUCAUCAACAUAUUAACACGCAGUGCUUUUUCUAAAGUGAAGUUCAUCUACACUGAGACCUUUGCCAAUCAAGCUCUCAUUUUCCAAAGAUGUAUGUUAUACACCACACAGUGGGAAAAUGCCAAGCUACAUGCCAGAGCUAUUUAAAACAUGGAACCUACGUGUUGUGGAAUGUAUUGAUAAAUCGGUGAAAAGUAUUCCAAAAAUGAUUCUGUAAGUAAAAUUAUCUAUUUUUUUGGUUUUAUUUAAUCCUGUUUUGGUGUAUCAAAAUCUGUACAAGGGAGUACAUUUCAAAAGUUUUCACGAAGUAGCUGUGCAAAUGGCAUAGUGUGUAAAACAGUAACAGUGGAUGUGUAUAUAUAUAUGUACGUUUGUAUUGUACGUGAGGGAAGCCAUUUUCAGAUGUGUCCUUGUAGAAAUAGAACUAGAUGCUACAGACUGCUGCUUAUUUGUUGUUUUUGCACAGAACACUGUAUAAGCCUUAGUUUGGAGUGGAGUUUUUUUUUUCGUUGUUGACUCUGUAGCAAAUUCUGGAUGUGUUUCUAAAAUGCCUUCAAGCUUAAUUUUGUGAAUCAGUGCUGUGUUUCUGGGGAAAAUCAAACACUCUCUUGGCCUUGUGACUUCACAGUUGAAUCACUUGGAGAACCACUAAGCGGUGACCUCACCUGCAUGCUAACUACGGCCAACUAGACCAUAGUACUCCACUGGGCAUGCUUAAGAGUAGCAACACUGAAAGGUGAAUGCCUUUAGAUUUUGGUCAUGCCCUGCCAAGUAGCUCUGUUAAAAUUGGUUAGUCCUCAGCGAUCUUUCCUUUGUUUUGCGUGUAAUAAAAAUAAAACCACUGUGGAAUUGCUCUGCAACCUCAGUCCUAUAUAACAGUAUGCUGCUGUUACAUAUUAGUACAUGUUAUUGAUAAUGUGCAGCACACGUGCUAUUAAAAGUCUCUUAACGUACCUAAACCUCAGCUAUCUAAGACCUUUGGAGUUUUAUAUGGGAUACGCUGCCGCCACAAAGUUGCAGAGUGUGAUGUAGAUGAAAGAGAAAGCAAGCUUGUAUUGGUGUUUCAGCUGUAGUGAAAGCAGAGAGCUGCUUUGCAGAAUUUCCAUGCAGUACGCCAAAAGACAAAAAGAUUACGUGUGCAGUUUGUUAUUGCAACUGAACCGGCAGCUUAAUGUAGCUGUGAUUUAGACGACCACAAGCUGGCAACGGGAAGAACAGGAUCACGGAAUCAUGGGUAAAAUCUGAGAAUAGACAUCCUCUGGCUCUCCUCAGAAUACUAAGGGCAGUAAUGCCAGUCAUGGCUGUGUAGGUGUUUUGAUUUUUGUUUGUCUUGAUCGCAUCUAAGAUUGAUUGAUACAGCCUGAGACACUGCCGACAUACAGCAUGAGAGGUCCACACAGAGUGGAUAUCUGACCAGCUGACUGAUCUCAGUACAGUCAGUACAGAGGUGUUGGAUCCUAAGUGUGUGUUAGUACAGAACAGAGUAGAUGCUCUGACACCUGGGACCUGUUUAAUAAACACUCCAUUUGAGCAUCUUCCUCACCCACCUUAACUUGGCUAUAAAUUCAAACUGUCAAAUUGUAAGCUUGUGCGUAAAGUUAUUUUGUAA